AUGAAAAGUGAUGAAAUUACAAAUCGAAUCAAGCAGCGAAGGCGCUCUUCCUUGGUUGAGCGGGGUCUAACCGAGCAGACCAAACAGUGGGCUGGGUCAGCAGUUGCUGCAAGGCUGAGCCACUUUGAUGGAAAGUCACCGAAAGCAAAACUCCCCGAACAUCGAAUAACAAUGGAGGAUGCAGAUUUGUGUGUGCCCAAGCUGCCGCCGCCACUGGAAGAGUGGUCGCUCUUUGCCGUGUUUGACGGUCAUGGAGGCGACGAAACUGCCAAUAGAGCUGCAGAAAAGGAUAAAGAGCAACUGGAGCAGCCGGUGAGCUGCCUACCUGACGUGCACUACUUCGAACGUUCGAGCGAAGACGAGUACAUCGUUAUGGCAUGCGACGGCGUUUACGAUGUUGUGAGCAAUGACGAGCUUGUUGUGCUGGUCAGGUCAAAGUUCGCGGAGAAAGAGUCGAUUGUGGAAACCGUUGAAGAGAUUGUUGAUGUGUGUUUGAAUCGCGGGAGCAUAGAUAACAUGACAAUAAUAUUGAUUGCGUUUGAAACGGUGUUCAACAAGGAUAUCGAUGCGGUCGAAAAUGACAUUGAACCAGACGAUGCGAGUUAA